UUAAGUUUUUUAUGAAUAAAAAUAUUUACAGUGAAAAGAUGAUAAGCCCUGUUCAAGAACAGUUAUGGUUUGGCUCUCUAGUUUGAUCUAUUUUUAUUAAAGCUCGGCAGUCUCUGUCAUUGUUACUACUAAAUCCAAGAAGAAGAAACUAGAGAUAAUACACAGGUCAGCAGCCAACUUAAAGUGAUGGGUUUCAACAUUCUGAGAGAUUUGGCACUAUUUGCUCUCUGUUCCUUCUUGCUCUUCUCAGGUUCAAGUUUAGCAGAGAAAUCACCUAUACAAGAAGAAAAUCAAGAAAACAUACCUCUACAGAAUGAAGAAGAUAGAACAAUCGUCUCACCUUCUUUACAUUUCACUCAGUUGGAUGACACUACCAUUGUUAACCCAACAACUUCUGGAGGAACUCCAGUUGCACCACCACAGUCUGUACCAAACAUAGUAGACCCCAAUGUGAAUCCCACUGCAGUGUCGGGGAAUCCAGGUGGAGGUUCGUGGUGUAUUGCAAACUCUGCAGCUUCUCCAACUGCUCUGCAGGUGGCUCUUGACUAUGCUUGUGGCUAUGGCGGUGCAGACUGUUCUGCGAUUCAGCCAGGUGGGAGCUGCUAUGACCCAAACACAGUGAAAGAUCAUGCCUCUUAUGCCUUCAAUGACUAUUACCAGAAGAAUCCAGCGGCUACUAGCUGUGUUUUUGGAGGAACAGCACAACUCGUCAGUACAGACCCAAGUAAUGGUAACUGUCACUACGCCAAACCCGGAGCUGUGCUGAGCCCUCCACCAGCAACCCCACCACCCCCGGCACCUGUCAUCCCAACACCAACUCCGCCAGCCCCCACAGUUGAAACACCGCCACCGCCAGCCACCACGAACCCUACAUAUACACCUACAAACCCAACAUAUACGCCCACAGAUCCAUCAAUUUAUGGUGCAGAACCAUCAGGCAUGCCCAGCUCAGCCACUUCGAUAUCAAAACGAUUGGUGCUGCUUUGGAUCAUAACUUACCUUAUGGGUUUGCUCGUGGCAAAUCAUCUGUAAGCCGAAGAAAUUGUUUCUUUUCUCCACAGAGAGAUGGCAAUCGCUUAUUUGCUGCACAUUUUUGCAUUGUUAGACAUCAAUAUGGUAAAAGAAAGAUUAUAUAGUAAGUUAUUGCUGUUAUACAUCAGGUUAUGCAUUAGAUAACUAAGAAGUCCACAGGAACAUACAUCAGUAGAUUAAAGAAAUAAAUAGGUCAUAUGCUAUUCAUAAGAUAUUUCACAUUGUUACCCAAUAAAAAGAUAUAGACAGGUCAACUCCAAUUUGGAUGAAUGUUAGCAAAUAAUAUAGAUAAGUCAAUUCCAUUU